GAAAAGGGCGCUACAAAAAUGAGUGAAGGUGGUCUCGUGGCGCACUCAGCAUCCCCAGCAGCUGUCACAGCGAGCUCGGACCGAGGCGACGUCUUGCCGUCAUGGAUCUCCUCUCCUCCCUCACGUCCUCGUCCUCCUGUCCCCACCUGUACCGCUCGGCCGGUGACCGCAGCAACGCCUCCCUCAGCCCGGUGAUCCUGCGCCACUACAACCACACGGGCCGCCUGCAGAACAGGACGCCGGCCUCCGACUCCCCGGGCGCCUCUGCGGCCGUCCUCCUCGCCCUCAGCGUCUUCAUCGUGGCGGAGAACGCGCUGGUGCUGGUGGCCGUGGUCUCCCGCGUCCGGCGCAGCCGGCGCUGGGUCUACGUGUGCCUCGCCAACAUCACGCUCAGCGACCUCCUGACCGGCGCCGCCUACCUGGUCAACAUCUGCAUGUCGGGCGGCCGGACCUUCCGCCUGUCUCCGGUGCUCUGGCUCUUCCGGGAAGGCCUGCUGUUCGUGGCCCUGGCGGCGUCCGUCUUUAGCCUGCUGCUGAUCGCGGUGGAGCGCUACCUCACCAUCAUGAAGUCCGCCAGGAGCUCCUACAACCGGAUCUACGGGCUGGUGGCGCUCUCCUGGGCUUUGGCGCUGGUGCUGGGCUUCCUUCCCUUGUUGGGGUGGAACUGCGUGUGCAGCCUGGACCGGUGCUCCACCCUGCUGCCGCUCUACUCCAAGACCUACAUCCUCUUCGCCCUCCUCGUCUUCUUCUUCAUUCUCCUGGCUAUCGGCGUGCUCUACGGCGCCAUCUACUGCCACGUGCACAGGAGCGCGCGACUCGGGCUCCAGCGGGGCCGCAGGCGCUCCGCGUCCCUGCUGAAAACCGUGGUCGUCAUCGUGGGGGUCUUCAUACUCUGCUGGGGGCCGCUCUUCUCCCUGCUGCUGGUGGACUUCUUCUGCGCGUCCCGCCGGUGCGCCGCGCUCUUCCGCGCCGACUUCUUCAUCGCCCUGGCGGUCCUCAACUCCGCCGUCAACCCCGUCAUCUACGCCCUGGGCAGCGGCGAGAUGAGGCGGACCAUGGCCCGGCUGCUCUGCCGCAAGGAGGCGCUCUCCUCCAAGGAGACCAGCAGCACCUCGGAGAACAAGGCCAGGAACCCGGGCGCGGCCGGCAAGGCGAGAAGAAAAUGCCGGCUGAGCUCCACCACCAGCUGCCUGUCAGUUUCCAGUGGUUAGACCACAAACCGGCGCCCCGCCCGUGCAAACAGGACCUGUGAACUCGGCGUCCCUGCUGAAAA